GCAGUUACGAAAUGGAACCGACCAACAGCGCCGAGGCCGACGCCGCGGCGACCAAAGGCGGAACACUCCAAGGCGACGCCACAGAAGUAGCGGCAGGUGAAGAUGCUGGUACCAACGUCUUCCGUCGUUGUUCUACGCCAUUGGAUGGAACUGAGGGUGGUUCUGGUCACGGGGGUGGAACUACAGCGUCGCCAUGGCUGCCAUUCAUCGACGACGCCACAGGCGCAACGUAUUACUACAACCAAGAAACGCAAGAGAUAAGUUGGACUGACCCGGCUAUCUCGUCGAAUCAAGGUACCGACAGCAGCGGGGCCAGCGACAGACGACCAUUCCCAGGCGCAUCGUCGCGUCCGACUUCGGCGACUCAACCAGUCGUGGUACCGGUCAAAUCUGGGGACAACAACCCGAUCGGUCUCUGGCCAUUUAGUGCAAUCGAUAGCGAAAUCACAUCGACGGAGGACGGUGGGGUUGGUAACGUUAUGGCCGAAGUAGGGGGAGAAACAGCAGUCGAGUUGCGCCUGACAUCGUCCGAGGCAAACGUUUUGCUAGAGCGCAAGGAGUCGCGCGGAGUAACUUCGUUGCUCGAAGCAGACGACGACGACGACGGUGAAAUUCUGCUGCUGCACAAUCAAAUGAUGGAGAACAACAAGAGCACAAUGAUCGCCCUUGACCAAGGCGCUGAUGAAUCGCACGUGGAGGCCAUUGAUAACGUCAUUAUCCAUCCCCAAGACGACACAGACACAGGCGAGAAGAACCCGUCGAGCGAAAUGCAAAGCAGCCGCCGUCCCAGCACGAAUGAUGUGAGGUCACUUGGUUCGGGCCAUUCAAUUGAGCCGCAUCAAGUGCUACUCAACUCGUCGGUUGAUACCAACAAUGGCCCUUCGCCUCGUGAUGUGGAUGCCAGUGACAGACCACCACAUCCAGUGGACCUACAUGCAGAUGGAGGCUGCAUUAACAUCAUUGGUGACAAGCCAACUUUGAACCACGAAGGGGCUGACCCGACAGUGGACGCCCCCAACGAUGUAAUUGAUGCAGCUUCAAGGGAGGACAAUAAUUCUUCAAUGCCCAUCGAUGCAGCAGAGGACACGACCUAUCCCUCACUGACCAACAACCUCCCAGAAGUUGUGUUGGACCUGCAGCCGAGUAUAAUUGAGCAGUUCAAUAAGUGUCCUGACUCAAGUAACGCCUUGGCAACCCCAACAGCGAACAUCAUCGACGUAGCUAUUGCGACAGUGCAGCCGAUGGAAGAGGACACGACAUCGACGAAGACAUUGGUGCCCCCCGUUGACACUCAAACAACAAUGUCAGAUUCCCCCACUCAACCCGAUCCUCUCAGCAUUGCCAAGGACGACAAAUCAGCCGUACAGCUACCACCACUAUCACCCCAAAUCAUACCCGGCACCAUGGCAGCCCCUGCAGGCUCAACGGAAGCAAUACCGUCCACCCAAGUAAUCAAUUCCAAGAGCCCAACAGAGCAAGCUCUCAAGACAACCCAAGAUGGCAGCCCUUCGACAUCCUUUCCAGCUGACAUUUGCCCGGCGACGGAAUUCUCGUCUCAACCCCUUCACGACCUGACGGCUACAACGUGGGUCGAAGCGUAUGACGACCAGCGAAGCCGGAGCUACUACUACGACCCAGUCACGAGCGCCGUGUCGUGGGACCACCCCGGUGGGCUCCUGGCAUCGGCUCAGCAAAAUGCCCCGAUACAACCACCCGCCAACCCCCCCUCUACAGCAUCGACGGAACCUCCUCGAUCGUCACGUCGCCCUUCGUUGCAACCCCCCGUCGAUGAUGGCCAAGACGCCCAUGCACAGGAAUCGGAUUCAACAGAAAACACUCCGUCGCGUCACAACCUUGAUCAGGAUGAUGACCCUGUCAACUCCACCAGCACAACACCACCCCACACAAUAUCCGACUUGACGGCGACAGAACAACCAAUAGUACCCUUUCGUGAUCCUAACGAACGUCUCGAACCACUACCACCACCCUUGGAGACUACAAAGUGUGCGGUCGAGAAAGCAUCUACAUCUCACCCGAAUGAAGCCCCCACCACAGAACCUCCAGAGCCCUCCGCCUCUUCGACCCCUACAACCCAACGACAGUCUCGACGCCAAGAAGCAGAGGCCGCUCGGACACAGGCGUGGGCCAGUGACGUGGCGUCCUGGCAGCGGCUCUUCAACCAAGCGUCCAACCAGUACCACACUCUGGUCGAGCAGAUGCAGGAGGCGGUGGCGGCGCGCGAGGCGGCUGUGGCACGAGAGGUCGGUAGCCGGGACAUGCGGAAGCGGCAGUUUGCCGCAUUGCUGAGCAACAAUGCAGCAAUUGCUCCACUGUCUCCAUGGGACGUUAUGGCCCGCAACAUCGUGGGGGUCGACUUGAAGCGGUUGUUGCAAGACAUCAUCGACGACCCUGCCAAGUACCCCUCGAUCCUUCAGCCGUCCGCCAAGUCCAAACAACAAACGCCCGCAGAGGUGCAGCAGCAGCUCCUGCGCGUGCGCAACAAAGACGGCGACUCGCUGCUGCACUUGGCCGUGUGGAAAGGUUCGGUCAUCAAGGUGAAGCACCUCCUCUCCCUCGGCGCCGACGUCAACCUGGUUGAUAACAGCGUCACACAGUGGACCCCCCUCCAUGAAGCCGCCAGAUCCGGCCAUAUCCCCAUGACCAAGCUCCUCCUCAGCGCCGGCGCCGCUAUUGCCGCCACGGACGCGGCCGGCGACACGGCGCUGCACUGGGCCUGUCGAGGCAACCACUCGACCAUCGUCAAGGUCCUCCUGCACGCCGACCCGACCUUUGCCACCCUCCACGCGGCCAACCACAAGCGGAAGACGCCACUGGAUCUGGCCAAGAAGCCCAUGCUGCGCUCGUUCCUUCAAGAUAUUCUAGCCAUGCACCACUCUAAGCCGACGGCCCCUGGUCUGUCCACUGUCCGAAGCAGCAGCAGCAGCUCCAUGCUCAAGUCUGGACGAUCCGACAAGUCCGUUCGUCCCAUCUAUCCGUCGAAGCGGAACCAUCUCUAAGACCACCGUCACCACCACCAUGUCACAGGCAAUCUUGAUGAUGGUGAAUGAACAAGUGCUAAUAAUUGUGUUUAUCCACACGGCGCCGUUCAAACUCUUCUUCGUUGACCAGUUUUGAAGUCAUCCUAGUAAGAGAUCAUCUAACAAAUCUUGUUGGAAAUCAAUUUAUAUCUCGUGUACA